UAGCCGUUUACACUGAUAUUAUUCUCCAAAGUAUCGUUACGAUAUUCCGGAAUACACCUAUAUAUUGAAUGGUUCGGUCCGUUGCUAUGCUAUCUCGUGUAGACAUUCUCCAGGGUGAUGGAGAGGAUGAUGUAGUUACUCGGCCUGAAAACACAAAAAACACAACGUUGUUCGGUUUAAAACAUACAUCGUUUGCACCGAAUUAACCGUAACAAUGGCCGGUAUAAGAACAGUUAACGGGAAAUUCUCGGGAAUCAACCCAGCCGUCAGUUGCUGUCGCCUGCGUCAGGUUCAGUCUCUGCUCUGUGAGGGUGGUGCUACCACUCCUGAUGGCAUCUUGUGCUCUCUUGGAAUUGACAGCAGAUAUAAUGAUGGGUGCACUGAACUAGCAAAAUACCUGUUCUACGGACUGUAUGGACGAAAUCAGCUGAAUUUGGAUCAUGUCCUAGACGAAUUUCCAGAAGAAAUGCUGGAUGAUGUGAUCCUAUUGAUCAAGGCAGAGUGUGUCCAUCUGUACUGCAACCCUCUAAACUACAGUUACCUGUUGCCCUACGUCUCUCACUGGAGGAACCUGCAUCUCUACUGCAUGACAGAGGCAGAGUAUGAAGAUGAGGAAGCAGCAGAGGAAUUCAAAAUCUCCAGCUUUGUCACAAUGGUGCAGGACUGCUAUCGUAUCGGAGUACCUUACAGCUCCCAGGGACACGUCCAAAAGUUUGAUAUGUUUAUGGUGGAAAAGUGGCCUCUAAUUCAAGCAUUUGCCCUGGAAGGCAUCGGUGGAGGAAGCUUUUUCACCAUUAAAUACAAGCUUAUGGAUAUGAGUGAGAAGCUUUGGCAGGUGUACACCAGACUCGACCCAGUGUCUCUGGACAGUCUCCUUGCAGAGGACUUGGUUAACUUUGAGAAGCAGUGGAGUGGCUUCUUCUCCAGCAUGGACCUGGAGAGCCAUCUGUCCAUCCUUGAGCUGUCUGAAGCUCAGGCAGGAGAGGCAUUCCGUACUUAUUACUCACAUGGACUGAUCUCAAGCAACAUCACAGAUAAAAGUAAAAGUCGGCAACCUUUUGUGCUGUUUGGGAAGCAUUCCUCCGCAGAGGAUCUGGAGAGCUAUUCGUUCAACUUUCCCUCAGAGAGUCAUCAGGUCCGCAACACAGGCCCUCAGGGUUCUACAGCCAGACACAUGGUUCUGCAGUGUGUGGCUCCCAAAGGACCUCUAGCCUGCUCUCGAACCUAUUUCUUUGGGAAUACCCACUCUCCAUACCUUGGAAAUCAAAACACGGAACAAAAGAAAACAGAGGUCUUACUUCUAUCACAGAUUUAUUCAGCUGCUGUUCAGGCAGUCCUUUCAGGAAUCAAAUGCUACUCCUGUUCCUCCAGUGCUACCAAGGCCAAGGAUGUAGCAGAGAACACCUUUCUAGUGGCUUUGGACUCGAUGAAUUUAAGUCAGUACCGCAGUUUUCUCAGGUCCAAAUGUGAAUUCAGUAUUCAGGCUGUGAACAAGCAAGGCAGGAUCAUUCCUCUGACUGAUGAAGACAGCCGUUACGUGGUAAAAACUGCCUCCAUGACUGUCCACGACAUCCCAGACCUGCAGGGGGACAGGGGGGACCUUGGCUCUGUGGUCUUCUCUGAAUCCUUCUUGGAGUCCAGCAUCAAUAUUCAGCAGAAAGAUGGCACUGUGUCCUCAGACAGCUGCUACACCAUCCUGACUACAACUGUGCCUCGCUAUGCCUGCUGGCUGAUGGAGUCUGAUGUCAAGCAAUCUGAGCAAGCCCAACGUCUCACUAAGAAAGAGGAAGGCACUUGUUUGGGAACUGCUCUGACUGCAGCAGAUGCUGCAUAUGUUUUCUCCAGCAGCCAGCUCUCCACACCUGAAGAAGGGAAGAUCAUUUUCUUCUCGGAGGGACUCCUGUUUAUCCACUCUCAAUAUGGGAGCAUCACUCUGUCCAAGAAUCACAUCAACACCCUCAAGUUCUAUGAUCCAGACUCUAGCACUGUGGCUUCUCUCUUUGUGGAGUAUGAGAGCAGCCUGCUCCCACACCUCCCGUUCCCUCUCCACAGCUCUGACCAGUGUCUGGUCUUUGCACUUCAGCCCAGAUCUAAGAGCCACAGGGCCUUCUAUUCCAAGGUUUUGUCAGUGUGGCAAAACUCUGAAUCUGGACUCACUCUGCAGUUGCUGGACCAAAGCCAACUGACCUGGACUCAGAAAAAAAUGCACACCAGGCUGCAGAAGCUGCAUGACAGUCAGGAACCGCCAGUGGCCAAACGUAGAGGCAGCCUGAAGACUUCAUACUCUCAGCUUCCAGAGCAGGACAUGUUUCUUCAGCACUUUGCCCUGAGUAGCAUUAGUCCAGAGCCCAUUCUGUAUGACCACCUGGGAGUGCUGUUCCCUUCUGCAGAGCUUAAGAACCCAAUCAAUGGCCAGAGAGACAAGGUUGUUAUUACCAUCAUCACUGGACUGCCAGGAAGCCAUAAGAAGAGACUCUGCAACUUCCUGGUCCAGCUGAACAAGGAACGUGGAAGGUGGGUGGUGUACGAGCCUGGUCCUGACAGCUGUGACAGCUUCUCAGCCUCUCACCUACAGCAGUAUUUGUCCAGCUUCCUGGAGAGCCAGAGAGGCCCAGGAGGCAAACCCCGUCUGUUGGUGCUCUCACCUGGAUACACAGAUGUCCUGGAUGUGGUCCAGGCUGUGCUUUUCCACCCUGACCCAGUUGUCCAAGCGUGUUUCACCAUUGGUGCUGUCACUGCCUGUGUGGACCCGUUUGCUUCCUGUUUGGAGCACAGGUUUGCCUUUCCAAAGCUGUUGGAGCAAUGCAGCCAAGGUAUUGUGAGUACAGUGGUGUUCACCGGGCUGACAGCAGAGCAGAAGCACCCUCUCAUGCAGCAUGUUCAGCAGUUGGUACGCUCUGCCAACCCCACUGCAGCCUUCAUACUAGCAGAGAGAGGAGCUGUCACCAGGAAUGAAGAUGUGAAUCUGAUAUUGUCUGAGAGCAGCUUCAAUGAGCCGCAGAUGCUGAGAGCACGUUAUGUUCUCUACCCUGGAUGGUGCAAAGGGCGCUUCUUCUCUGGUUCUGGGUCUCUGGUCCUCAGCCAGCAGCGCGUGGCUUUCAACCGGCCCCUAGAGAGGCCUCUGUUUGUCACCCACUGUAAAGCGUUGAAGUCAUCACUAAGGCCAAGCCCCUUCCGAGGAAAUGUGUACAAUGUUUGGGGAAAAGUCAGAUUUUCUGACUCAGAACAACUGAUGGAGGUGAGCUACAACACAGUGAGUGGGAGCCUGAGCAUUGUCUCAGAACAGAGCAUUGACCCUCUCACCCUGAGGCCCAAAGAGACCAACACUUCCUGCUUCCUGAUCUUUGAUGGCAUUGGCCUCACUGAGGAUGGACUGAAAGAAUGGCUCAGACUGUGCACCAAGCAGAGACAGACAAAGAAGCCCAAGAAGACUGACAAAACUCUUUCACCACACGAAAUCAAGACUAUACAUAUGACCAGGCACUUGGACCCACUACCACCAGGUUACUUCUACAAUGGUUAUCAAUAUGUUGACAUCUUUGGAGAAAAAAGAAACUUCCAUCCCAACAUGGAAGAGUUUAUAAAAGAGUACAUCGCCGAGGCCAACAAAGAGAUCGAGCUAUUCAACCGUCAGCUGGAGCUGCAGGGACAGCCUGACCUGUUUGAUCCAUGAUAGAAUCUGUGUGUACGUCCACUGACUCCAUCUGUCUUAUUUAACUCAAAUGCAACCACUCUGGGAGGGUAGGGAGGGCACAGGGGUUAUGUACUCAACACUCCACUAGAAUGGUCCAUGUGUGUUCACGCCACACGCAUCUGCAGAAACUGCUGCUGCUAGAAAUCCAUUCAUUAUCUAUGUAUGAUGUCACUUUGUUUCCUAAUUUGGUGGCAUGAAAAGGAUGAGUGGAGGCGAGCUUUUGAACAAUGACAUCACUCAUCAGAAGCCAGUUAUGUCAUGGCAUGGCUGUUUGCCUUACUUCCCUCUGCAACACCACUGACUGUGCUGUUAGCACUUUGGCGAGUUAGGUAUCAUAUUUAUCAAAUGAAAGUGGCAAAUUGAUGUGGUCACUUGUGUCAAUUCAAAUUAAGACGCUUUUGUCGAGAGAUGAGAGUUGUUCACAACUGCAGACGAAUCUGAAACAUAACGCAACACAAGACUCCAUCUUUAAACCAGUGUGAUUGUGCCACUAAGCCUACAAGCUAUGAGACUUUCACAAUUGAAGGGAAUUUCCAGCCGCUCACUCCCACAGCUUGUGCGUUUCUGUUUAUCACAGUUGGCAAAUUAAAGCCUCUAUUUCUGGACAGGCAUGGAUAGCCGUGUGAUUCUGGUGGGCUCCCUGGUGGGGUUUCUCAAGAAUCGCUCCUCCUCUGUUGUCACCCAAUCCAUGGCCCACCUGUUAGCUUGUCUGUGUGCCGUGCUGCAGCAGAGGGGGCGCUUGGCCAUGGAGCUGUAAACAUUGGGCAGCCUGUUGGCUGCAGACAACUGAUGAAUGAUGCCAUUAAUCACAUAGCUAUACGCCACCCCAGUGCUUUAUUUUAAGACUCCUAAAGUGAAUCUAAUGAAAGUGCAAAAAAGCAGACUCUUCAGUCCCAGCAGCAGAGUGUUGUAGUUAGAAAACAACUGAGGCUGUCAAGAAACACACUGAAUCACUGUCCACCAAAAACACUUCCUUAAAGCACUGUGUUCUGUUCAUUAUAAUGCUGCUUGUUAACAGUGAAAAACCAGGUAGACACAGAAAGUUGACUUAAGCCUCACUGCAGACAGGUGUGGAUCAUUCCUUUCACUGUUUUGGUCAAAAUGUUAUAUUUGUUAUAAAUGUGAACAUUCCCAUUAGUUUUUAAUAGUUGGGGUCACUACAUUUGGGUAGGACAAAGGGAAAAUGAAAUAAUCUGGGGAAACUGGUAAGGUUUGGGUAAAUAGGAGUAGGUAAAAGGUAUAAGGCUUUGUAUCAGUGACGUGAUGUCGCAGAGAAUCAGACUUAAUGUUCUGUUUAAAUCAGUAGUUAUGCUACUAUUUUCUCUGUAAUUGUGUGUCACACUAAUGUUCUAUGCAUGUCUUCUUCUUAUCAGGGUUCCUACACAGGUUUUAAAAUUCUAUGACUUUAUAGAAAAAAGUCAGUCAUUUCUGAGGAAAACCUGUGUUGCUGUCAUUUGUACAACUGCACAUUUGAGUUUGAGAUCCAGUUAAAUUUAUAAAUUGUGCUUUCCCACCAAACAAGAAUUUCAAAAUAAAUGCGUGGUGUAAUUUGAAAGUUGAAAAUGUGUAGGAACCCUGCUGGAAUCUCUGGAGAUUUGAUGGCUUUCAUUCAUUAUGGGGUCAGCAGUGUAACAUGCAGACUAACUAACUUAACAAUCUUUGGAUAAAGUGGUGCUAGGUUUGUCUUGAAUGAAUUGAUAGUGACAAAGGAACAUUAAAAUGCACAUUGAAGUGUGCACAUACUGCUGCUACUACAAUGGUACGAUAUCUUACAUUGGCCUUUGCACACUUUACCAAAAAAUUGCCUGUACUCAUAAAAGAGUACUGUGAGAUUGUUACCAUGUCAGAUAAGAGAGGAAGGAGCUGAGAGCAUAUUUUAAGUCCGUAGUCCAUAGUCUGAUUCAGGGGAAUUGGGAAGCAGAGGGGAGAAAUGCUUGCUUGCAAGGUGAACACUUAUUCACUGUUGUUAGAUUCUUAUCCAAACAGAUAUUUUUAAAUCAGUGUUGACCUCAGUGUAUUUUGGGGUGCCAUUCACAACGCUGGGUAUGCCAUGUUUUGCAUGUCUGACAGCAUUGUCAACAGCCAGUAAAAUUGAAAUAAUCUAAAUUUUUGUUUUCAGCCAGUAAACAAACAAAGAGUGAUAACAUUGUUAGCAAAUUAUUUCCCCCCAGAUAACCUGUGUGCAUCUGUGCAGAUUCAAAUAAUCCUAAACCUGAACUCAACCAGACACUGCUGGCCCCAUCCGUCCUCUCAUUAGAGUCUACUAUGAUCUCAACAAGCCAUACCACCUUAUGCUAGAUGUGCCACUGUCUUUUAGAAGAAUAAUGCAUUGCAUAGAAUAGCAUAUAACACAGCAAUGAAGUAUGCCUCUAACAUUUAUUACCCUGGCAUGUUCCAGAUAGCCAGCAAAGGAGGGGUUCACAUGGAGAGGAGGAGCUUAACCCAAGUUACUCAUUCCAUGAACUUCUCUCUUUCAAUCCUUCUCUAUCACUCUAUAAAAAAGUGCAAUUGUACCUUGUGUUUUUAUAUAUUCUACUUACAGUACCCUCAAAUAGCUCUUUAAGGACAAAGCUGAGCAAACAAAUGAGCUGCUAAAUUCUCAGUCUCUCACAGCUUGUAUUCUGUGGUCUGAUGGAUUCUGGCUUUGAGUGCUUGUAUCUCAAAUAACACCAUAAAGGGUCUUAAUAGCAAGAGAGAGGUUUUGUCGCAAAAUGAGAUGCUGCUUGAAAAAAAAAAAGAGCAUUACCUCUGCUUGCAAAUGACUGAUAGAACAAAAUGCAAACAGGUCACAGUGCUUGUUUUUAAGCGCAGGAUAAUAUGUAACAUAAAUCCUUUUGUUGACAAAAUGAUAACUCUUGUUUAAGCUGGAUCCCCUGUUUAGCGAUUCAGAGAUGCACUCUCUUAAGCCGUCUGUUUUGAGUAACAGUUGCUGUCAUUCUGCUGUUAUGUAAUACUGCAGAGGCUUACCUUGAUUGACAGUGAAAUAGCUGUGAGCCUGAUGUAUGGAAGACUGAAGGUGCCACAAAUUGAAAGCUGCUAUACAUGUCAAAGAGCAGAGAAACUGAAAACAUUAUUGGCCAAGAGAUCAAAAUAUAGUCCUUAAAGAGUUGAGGGUUAUGUAAGAUGUUUGUGAUAUUUAAAUCAAAUUAACACUAACACAUAGACACACACACACAUACACAACUACUACUACAAGUAUGUCUGUACUAUUUGCAUGUGUUGAGAUGUCAUGUGAAUAUGAUACCACAUAUAUUCUGACAAAAUUGCCUUUCACCAAACUGGUACAACAAAGAGAAAAUUAUCACAUUUAUUUUACAUAUCUGCUAAGAAUUUGAAUUACCUCGAAACAACAAAUAGUAUUUUUAUAAGACUGUGAAUUGAACAUUCUAGAUGCAAGCAAAAUGUCUCUUUUCGCACAAGCUACAAAAGGCAAAAGCAGAUGCAAUUUUUUUUGUAGACAAAACAAAAAAAAAAACUCGAAGAGAAUCUGAUCGGUUGUGAGAUGUCAGGUUUCUCUGAUCCAGCAGUGCCUUGGCUACGGCUAAGAAAAAGCAGAGAUUAAAGCUGCAUUCAGAGCUCCAUCCCUCUCCCUGUCACAGGGGGAGGAGGUGUUGUCAGGCAAGGAUCCAUCCUUCAACAGUGUUGGUGAAAGGAAUCCAUGGAGUUGUUCUUUAAAGCAAUGUGUUUUUACUAAGCCGGAGGGUAAAGUAGACAGGGUCACACAGGGGGAAGGCCACUGGAGGGCUCAGGACGAUUCAGGUGUUCUUGCAAACUAACCAAAAAGAUGUUGGAAUAUAGACUGGGUUUCACAUGAAGUACUGAAAUCAGUACAGUUCUGAUAUUUAAGAAUAUUUAUGUUGGUACAGUGGUACAUUUCUUGGUUUGUUUUGGUUUAUUAUAUGAGUUACAGACCAAAUACAAAUGAUUAAUUUAAUGAAAAUGCACAUAAGAUAAUGGGAAAUGGAAAUGUUUCUCUUGUUUAUGCUCAGCCGUAGUUGGGAUGCAAAACUUGAAUGUUUUGUAUCAAAGUGCAGACAAAUAAAAUAUGAGGAUUGAGUUUGUAACUAAAGUUGGGUGACCCCUACUUAUUGCACAUUGGGGGCCCCAAGAGCCCUCCACAAGCCUCCCUGUGUGACUGCUACAUAGCUCUCUGGCAGACCGAGCACCCUGGUGUCUUCAUCCUGUAUGUGGAGGCUAGCAAUUUUGUAGCUGAAGUUAUAGGACAAAAACAAAGUUUGGUGUUAAUUGGUUUUCUAUGUAAAGUUGGGGAAACGUGAUGUCCUUGCACUGCAAUGUGAUGACGCAGUGUAAGGGGGUUUUGUUCUUUUCUAUCUUUGCAAUUGGCUCCAAUGUUCAAAAGGGCCAAUAAUGUGGAAUGUAUGCGCUUCUUGAAGAAGUUGGUAUUUCUAUGGUAUUUUUGUGCUCAUUGGAGAAAGGCGGCUUGGAAAUGGAUUUUUAACUGACCAAAUAUUUCUCAGCCCUCAGGGGACUGUUGAUACUAAUUGUUUGGGCUGUUCUGUCCUAUCAAGGUUAAAAGGGAAUCACAUGCUCCUCACCCCACAGUCCUCACAGACAGCGAGAGGAAGCUUCUCAGGUGUACUUAUUAUUUCCAUACCUGAGAUUACAUAUUUGCCCUAUCAAACCCAAGUGUUAUAGAAGAAGAUGGGGGUGAAAUUGUGGUUAAUAUCCUCUGUCUGUAGCUACAUACUGGCUGGCCGCACAGCUGUGUAUAAAAAAAGGAUGUUGUUACUUGUGUCAAGGAACACUAACGAUUGAAGUUGUGAGGUGUUUGAUAUCAUGAUGGCAAAAUUAGAUCUGGGAAAAAAAAGCAAAGGGCUGAUUUCUUCUCCCCUAUCUACAGGCCGUCCAAAGUAAGAGGAAAAAAAUAACUUCUUAUGGUCUAUUGUGAUGAGAAGCAUGAAAGAAAAAAAAGUUCAACGUUCAACUUCAAAAGUGCCAAACUGACUUCCACAUUUUGUUUUGAGGAUGUUCACAGAAAGUGAGCGAAACUGAACUGCAUUUGCACUAAACUACUGUAACUUCUGUUUUUUUCCUGUGACUGAUGCUUUUAUAAUCUAAUUGUUGUAUUUAUUGCACCUCGUAAUCCAUUAAAUAUUUAUAUGGUU